CCGAAUACCCGAACUUGAUCCCUUCUCUCUUCUUCCCCCCUGCGCGUCCGCUCCGAGAGCUUCGUCGUCGCGAUCAAAGCCUGGUUUUUGCCCUUUGGUUUCUCUCUGUAGUUAUCCUUUCUCGAUUCGGUUCCAAUUUGAGGGAGAAAGAGAGGAACAUAGGGAAGGGGGGGCGCGAGAUGGCGGGGGAGGAGGAGAGGAGGAAGAGAGUGGAAUCGCUGGGAUGGCUGACGGAGUCGUCGGUGAUGCCAAAGAAGCGCAAGGCCAUCGAGGGCGUCGGCGCAUCCUCCAUCGUGGAGCUCAAGGCGCAGCUCUACCGCACCCAGGAGCAGGCCCGCAAGGCCAAGGAGUCCGCCCCUGAUUCCUCUUCCGAGUUCCUCCGCGCCAAGAAGAAGGCCCUUGCUUCCGACCUCUUCUCCCAGAAGAACUCCGGCGUCGAUUCCCGCGCUAAAAAAGACAAGCUGGAGAUGAAAGCUGUAAAUGAUGGCUCAGCUAGUUAUGCAGCUUUAGAGAGGAAAGCCGAGCUAUAUGAGAAACUAGCUCGAGGUCAACUUCCAGAUGAAGAAGACAAAGAGAAAUACUGUGUGGAUUUCUUCAGCAAGAGUCUUGAGCAAGAUGAACCAGAGCAGCCAGAAGGCCAUGACGGUAAUCAUUUUGUACCACCAGAAAAUGAAGAUGAUGAUGCUGAUGUCGCACCUUUAAAUGCAAAACCGAUUGGUCCUGGUCGUACAAGUGCCACGGUAGACAAUGACGAGCAUAAACGUUUCGUAAGGGAAGUUCAUGAGGAGGUCAAUCAGGCAAGGCAAAAGGCAACGACACUCAAGUUGCGCAGGCAGGAACAAGAGGUUGCUCGCAGGGAGAAACUUAGGCAGGCUUAUCUCAGAAAACAGCUAGAGAAAUUGACUUCUGCAAAACAAACCAGUUCAGCUGACAACUGCUCACCGGUUGUAGAUCCAGAGGGUGUUGCACUAAAAUAAUUGUUACGUGUGUCAUUUUCUCCAAAGUGUCCAUGUAGAAGGGACGCUCUAUGAAAAUUUUGAGUUCAUUUGAGCGACAUGAUCUAUGUGCAACAAUUAUUAGCAAUAAUCUAUCAUUCAACAUACCAACAUAUUAUCCA